AUGUCCGACCAUGUGGCAAUCUUUGCUUUCCCUUUCGCCACCCAUGCGGCUCCAUUACUCGCCAUCAUCCACCGCCUAGCCACUUCCUCUCCAAACACACACUUCUCCUUCUUCAGCACCCAACAAUCCAACAACUCUAUAUUCUCCAUUUACAAGCAAAACAUGAGCAUGCUGCCGAACAUCAAAGCUUAUGACGUGUGGGAUGGUGUCCCUGAGGGCUACGUGUUUUCUGGGAAGCCCCAAGAGCACAUUGAGAUGUUCAUGGAGUCAGCUCCUGAGAGCCUCAAGAAGGUCAUGGAGGUAGCUGUGUCAGAGACAGGGAGAAAGGUGAGCUGUUUGGUGAGUGAUGCCUUCUUUUGGUUCGCUGGUGAGAUGGCGGAGGAGAUAGGGGUGGCUUGGCUGCCCUUCUGGACUGCCGGACCUAUCUCACUUUGUGCUCAUGUUUACACGGAUCUCAUCAGGGAGACUUUUGGAACUGGAGAUAUGGUAGAGCGUGAAGAUGAACCAUUAAGUUUAAUUCCCGGAAUGUCCAAAAUUAGAAUCCGUGAUUUGCCAGAAGGAGUGCUCUUUGGAAACUUAGAAUCGUUCUUUUCAAACAUGCUACAUAAAAUGGGAACAGCGUUACAGCAAGCAGCUGCAGUCUUCAUUAACUCAUUUGAAGAGCUAGACCCUAGCAUAACAAAGGACUUGAAGUCUAGAUUCAAACAUUUUCUCAACGUUGGACCCUUCAAUUUGAUUUCACCACCACUGCCUGUGGCAGACACAUAUGGUUGCAUAACAUGGCUUGGCAAGCAAAAACUUGCUUCGAUAGCCUAUGUUAGCUUUGGCUCCGUCACAACACCACCACCUCAUGAACUUGUGGCGCUAGCUGAGGCCUUAGAAACAAGUGAGGUGCCAUUUAUAUGGUCACUUAAAGACGAAUCAAAGGUGCAUUUGCCCAACGGAUUCUUGGACAGAACCACAUCACAAGGACUAGUAGUGCCUUGGACUCCGCAAUUGGAAGUUUUGGCACACAGAGCCGUUGGGGUGUUUAUAACUCAUUGUGGAUGGAAUUCAUUGCUUGAGAGUAUAGCAGGAGGGGUGCCUAUGAUUUGUAGGCCGUUUUUUGGCGAUCAAAGGCUCAAUGGACGCAUAGUAGAGCAUGUGUGGGAGAUUGGUCUCAAAGUUGAGGAUGGAGUCUUUACGAAGCAUGGAGUGUUAAAUAGCUUGGAUAAAAUUCUUUCACAAGAGAAGGGGAAGAAAAUGAGAGAGAACAUAAGAGCACUUCAACAACUCGCAAAGAAAGCCAUUGGACCAAAUGGGAGCUCCACCAAUAAUUUUAUUGCUUUGUCAAAUCUUAUGUUAAAUGCUAACAUGUAG